AUGCUUAAUACAGUUUUUAGACUCAAACCGAGGUUGUUAAAAAGCAUAAUAAAUACAAACAUCCUGUCACAGCUUAGAAAGACAAGUAGUCAAGCACCAAAAAGUUCACAAAAUAAAAAAAUUAAAUCAACAUUAUUAUACAUAAGUGGAGUCGGUGUUUUAACUGUUGGACUUAGCUAUGCAGCAGUUCCUUUAUAUAGAAUGUUUUGCUCAGCAUACAGUUAUGGUGGAACGACUGGAGUGCAGCAUGAUGGAUCAAAAAUAGAAACAAUGGAAGCAGUCAAAGAUCGGAUCAUCAAAAUUAAGUUUAAUGCUGAUUUAGGAGCUUCUAUGAGAUGGAAUUUUAAGCCACAGCAAUAUGAGAUUAGAGUAAGUCCAGGCGAAACCGCUUUAGCAUUUUAUAAAGCAACAAAUCCCACUGAUAGACCAGUUAUUGGCAUUUCUACUUACAACGUAAUCCCGUUUGAGGCUGGAGCAUAUUUUAACAAAAUUCAGUGCUUCUGCUUUGAGGAACAGCAGCUUAACCCAUUUGAGGAGGUGGAUAUGCCAGUUUUCUUUUUCAUUGAUCCAGAAUUUGUUAAAGAUCCAAAGAUGGAGUUUGUUGAUGAAAUUACACUAUCCUAUACCUUUUUCGAAAGCAAAGACGGACUUAAUCUACCUCUUCCGGGUUAUGCAAAGCCACAUCAAGCAGUGACAGCCCAAUAG